AUGCACUUGCGACUGAUUUCUUGUUUUUUUAUCAUUUUGAACUUUUUGGAAUACAUCGGCAGCCAAAACGCCUCCCGGGGAAGGCGCCAGCGAAGAAUGCAUCCUAACGUCAGUCAAGGCUGCCAAGGAGGCUGUGCAACAUGUUCAGAUUACAAUGGAUGUUUGUCAUGUAAGCCCAAACUAUUUUUUGUUCUGGAAAGAAUUGGCAUGAAGCAGAUUGGAGUGUGUCUCUCUUCAUGUCCAAGUGGAUAUUAUGGAACUCGUUAUCCAGAUAUAAAUAAGUGUACAAAAUGCAAAGCUGACUGUGAUACCUGUUUCAACAAAAAUUUCUGCACAAAAUGUAAAAGUGGAUUUUACUUACACCUUGGAAAGUGCCUUGACAAUUGCCCAGAAGGGUUGGAAGCCAAUAACCAUACCAUGGAGUGCGUCAGUAUUGUGCACUGUGAAACCAGUGAAUGGAGUCCUUGGAGUCCAUGCACGAAAAAAGGAAAAACAUGUGGCUUCAAAAGAGGGACUGAAACACGGGUCCGAGAAAUAAUACAGCAUCCAUCAGCAAAGGGUAACCUGUGUCCCCCCACCAGUGAGACAAGAAAGUGUACAGUGCAGAGAAAGAAGUGUCAGAAGGGAGAACGAGGAAAAAAAGGAAGGGAGAGAAAAAGAAAAAAACUUAAUAAAGAAGAAAGUAAGGAUGCAAUACCUGAUAACAAAGGUCUGGAGCCCAGCAGAGAAACUCCAGAGCAACGAGAAAACAAAGACAAACAGCAGCAGAAGAAGCGAAAGGUCCAAGAUAAACAACAGAAAUCGGUAUCAGUCAGCACUGUACACUAG